AUGGAUUUUGACCGGGUCCUUUCAAAUGACAUUUGUUCGCCGCAACUUGACGAUGACACGGUCAAAUAUGAUGCUGGAAGCAAGCAUGGCAUAAAGGCAUUGAUGGUGAUGGACGACUUGAGAAAACGCCAACAGCUCUGUGACGUGACAAUCUGUGUUGGAAGCAAAAAGAUCCACGCACAUCGUUUAGUUCUAGCGUCGUUUAGCUCAUAUUUUCAAGCUAUGUUUACUGGGGGAAUGAUGGAAAGUCGGGAAGAAAUGGUAACCUUGAAAGAUGUCGACUGCAAGACCGUUGAACUGCUUAUAGAUUUUGCUUACACUGGGAAACUGGAUAUAUCGAUCGAUACAGUUCAGUCCCUCCUUUAUACUUCUUCUUUGUUACAACUCACCGCAAUUCAGAAGGCUUGUUCUGACUUUCUAGAACAUCAACUACAUCCAUCCAAUUGUCUGGGAAUUCGUUCUUUCGCAGAUGCGCACUCUUGUACUGGUUUGCUUCAAGCUUCGGAGAAAUACAUUUACGAACAUUUCAAUGAUGUUGUAAAGAAUGAAGAAUUUUUACUUCUUCCCCGCGAUGAACUAGCGGCGUUGUUGACUUGCGAAGAACUAAAUGUUGAUUCUGAAGAGGAUGUUUAUAAUGCUCUUAUUUCCUGGGCUAGACAGGAUGUAGACGAGAGACAAUCCUUCCUAGCUGAGCUUCUUGGCAUAAUUCGCCUGCCGUCAUUAUCUCCUCAUUUCCUAGUUGACCGGGUAGAAAAAGAAGAACUUAUCCGCCAAGACAUUGCAUGUAGAAAUCUCUUGGAUGAAGCCAAGAACUUUCAUAUGUUACCAGAUAGGCGGCGUAAGCUUGGAGGUCAAAAAUCUCGACCUAGGCGUUCCACCUUUGGCAAACUGUUUAGUGUUUGUGGAAUGGAUUCAACAGGACACCCAGUGAGGACUGUAGAACAGUACGACUUUCACAGCCGUAAAGUAAAGAACCUCUGUCCACUCAACACUCCACGAAGUGGGGUGGGUGUUGCAGUACUUAAUGGAAAGCUUUAUGCAGUUGGAGGACAUGAUGGGACUAGAUACCUCAGCAGGUGUGAAGGCCCUUAAAUUAUGAAAUGCAGCUGUGAAUGUUAAGCCUGAGGGUGGUUGAAGGGUUAUUUUCUUGAAUGUUAUUGGGGUAUCAUAUAUAACACUCAUGCAAGCUGCGUUAACCUUUCCAGCUUUUGUUAUUGGCCAGUUAAGAUGCACCCCAAGAAAGAGAACCUUAAAAAGUCAGUUAAGUUUCCAAGUUUGGGAUUUGUGGGUUCGAAAGUAAUGAAGAUAAUAAUUUUUCUCCAAUGUUCAUCACCCAAAUUGAUUAUAUAAUUUAUAGGCUUUUGUACAGUGUGCCCCCCACCACACCAUCUACAUGUGCUAUUUGCAUCUGUUCCCACCCAUGUUACAGUAGAACCCCAGUAACUCAAACUCUGAAGGGAAACGAAAAACAGUUUGAGUUAGCAAGGGUUUGAGUUAACAGGAUCAAUAAUUGCAGAAUUCAAUUUGCCACAUUGAUAGUUACUGAUUUUUCAGCACUCAGUGUAUAGUGCAGUGCAAAUGUAACUUAUUUUAUUAGAAAUGGUAACAUGAUUAGGCAUUUUUUAUAGUGAUCUGUUUGUUGCCCCAAUUAAAAUCAAAUUGAUGUAGUGUUGGCCAGUGUUAGUUUUAGUGUUUUUACUGAUUAUACAAAAAACGAGCUAAUGGGAUGGCAAUCAAGUGGAGUUACAUGUACUAGAACCAGAAUUCGAGUUAUCGGGGUAAAUUUCAGUGAAUUUUUAAUCAAGGGAAAUGGAAUUUCAUUUAAGCUAGCAGGGAAUUUGAGUUAACCGGGUUCCCAUUAACCUAAUAAAAAUGACUGAAAUUUGACGUAAAAUCCAAGAAAAACUGGACUUAGUUCAAGUUAGCGGGGAGUUUGAGUUAUCUGAGUUUGAGUUAUGAGGGCUCUACUGUAUAUCUUCCCUUAUUUUACAUCUAUAUGAUACAAAUAUCAUUCCAAAACUUGGCAACAUUACUCAUUUUAAGGUGCUCCGUCCAGCAGUGUCGGUGGAUAUGUGCCACAAACUGAUCCAUAUUAAAAUUUGAAAAAGAUGAUGUACACUGUAAGGGUCUGAUGGCACCAACUUUAGUUUUUUUUUAAAUUUAGAUAUUAUUAAUGUUUGAAAGGAAUCAUCUUUUUUUUCACUAAACCCAGUGUUGAAUGCUAUGAUGUCACCACAAAAGAAUGGAAGUUUGUUGCUUCCAUGAAUCAUCCACGUCGAUAUGUUGCUGCUGCAGCUUUAGGAGGCUUACUGUAUGCUGUUGGAGGCUAUGAUGGCAUUUCAGUACUUGAUUCUGUGGAAGCAUAUGAUCCAAAACUUGAUCAGUGGAAGCGAGUGGAAAGCAUGUCAAAUGCUCGCAGGCAUGUGGCUGUUGGUGUCUUAGAAAAUGAUGAGAAUGAUGGUUCUGGGCCAGGUAAUUAAAAAAUACCAUAUUUCCUCAAAUAAGUGCCCACGCACUAAUCGGGCCCUGCCCCGAUCAAGCACCUACACUCCAGGCCUAAGUAUCAAACAAGUGCACCCCCCUCAAAUAACUGUCCCCCUCCCCUCCCCAUCACUUUUUUUAACAGUGCAGAUACAAGGAAAACCUGUUUCUAUUGCCACUUUAUUGAUAACUCUGUCUGUAAACAAUACAAUGGAACUAAUAGGUGCGCUUGAUCACCAACAGUCUGAGAACUUGAUAAGUGCCCCCCUCGAUUAAGGUCCCUCCUUCCAAUAAGCACUCAUCCUUUUAGCUGAAAUUUUAAAUAAGUGCGUGGGCUUAUUCAAGGAAAUCUGGUAAUCAUUGUUAAAAUGCAUUAAUAUAUUUUGUAUUCCCACCUUAUAGUGUUGACGGAGCUAGGUGUUUUCUUAGGGAAGUACACAAUGUAUUAAAGCAGUUAACCUCCACCAUUUUUUUAGCCCUCAACUUUGACUAUGGAAGUGGUCUGAAGAGCUAAUCUUGAGCUUGGCUUUAUGUGUUAAUUUUCUUUUGGCAAUCUUGCCAAAGACACUUUAACUAUUAAACCUUCCCACACAACCUUCUUUGGAUUUGAUAAAUGUUAUUUUACUUUGGACAUUUUCCAUCAUCCCCAGUUACUUAUUCAUGUAUUCUGUGCUUGAGUGGAAACAUUUAUUUCAGCCAUCUGAAAUGUGUCUCUUUCUCCGCAAUUCUUUUGAACAAGCAAAAAGUUGUAUCUUAACCUAGUGAAUUCAAAAUAGUUCAGACAAGAGAGCAACUUAAGUUACAGUAACUGAUGCGAUAAAUUUUUAGAAACUUUUACAUGUAAUGGUGUCAUUACUGAUUUCAGUUUAUUCAAAUCUGUCACAAUCAUUGUGGUAACUUUUUAUUCUAUGAAACUGGCCUUUUUUUUUUUAAUUCCAUGAUUAUAGGUUUUUUUUUUAUAUCAUACCACACUGAAGCUGUGCUGUAACUGACUAACAUACAGUGUACAUGCUAGAAAUAGUGAAAACUGAGAGAACAACUCUUGAAAGUGUCGAGUAUUAAAAAUGCGUUUUUCUUUUAAUAAUGCAAAUGGUACAUGUACUUCAGCUACCUAAUAAUAAGAUUUCUUUUUCUCCCUCUUUUUUCAUUGUAUGUAAUGUAUGCCAUCCAGCUUCAACCCAGGUCUCUUUUUUUUACUUUUUUGAGCAUAAUAAUUUUACCUUCAGUAUUAAAAGUGUUCUGACAUUUAUAUUCUCAGGAUAUCUGUUUGCCGUUGGUGGCCAUGAUGGGAUCAUCUAUUUAAAGACAGUUGAAAGGUACAACCCCGUCAUUAAUGAGUGGACUUAUGUUGCAUCCAUGGGAGCACGGAGAGGUGGAGUGGGUGUGGCCACCCUUGGGGGUUGUUUAUAUGCUACAGGUGGAUACGAUGGCACUUCCAACCUCAGUACUUCAGGUAUGUCAUGACUCCUCAGCCAUGCUAUGGUCAAACCUGUAUAUUAUAUAGCGGUCACCCUGUAUAUUAUGGUCACCAGACAACUUCCCAAACUGUUCAUUGCCCUAUAUUUUCUGCAAAGUUGACCUGUAUACAUGUUUAGCAGUCACCCUCUAUAUAACAGUCAUCUUUCCAUUUCCCAAGGUUCACCUUGACUGUAUGACCUGUAUUCUAGUUUAAACCUGGGCUGGGUUGUUCAAAGCUGGGAUACAAUAAUCCAGGUUACUGCGAAAUUUGAAUUCAGAUAUGAAAGCAAGAAAACGCUUUUGAUAAAGAGAAAAAAACCCGGGUUAACGCAAAUUGCCUGUCAAACAGAUGGGCCCUGGAGAAUAAGAUAAAGUCAUUCAAAGUCAAGUGUCAUUUGUAUCCGUCACUGGCCCUUUAUUUGUGAGUCAUGGAUACUUAACCUUAGGGUAGGACCAGCAAUCCAAAGAUGAUGCCAAGGAUGGCCCCUGUAUACCUUCCUUUAAAGAUGUUUUGAGUUGUUAUUACGUCCCACCCAAUAUUUGGCUGCAGUUCCAACUGUUUGAAUUUUGAUAAAAUUUAUUUUGUUACACAGCUCCUUUAAGACAGUAUACUGUUGACUUAUAAUAGAUGAGUUUCAAAGAUAAGUGUUAAAAAAUCUGGGAAAUAAGAUGAUGAUGACUAUAAAAGAAAGUCCCACAGCCAUCUGAUAUAAUCCUUGGGUAUUUUUCUCUCAAGUUAUUAUAAUUCAACACCCCUAGAGUAGGAAUUACAGCUGUACUAAUGAAUUAAAAUCUGUUUUGUCUUCAUUACAUAAGAGCGCUACUACCCUGAAGAAGACAGAUGGGCUUUUGUGGCACCAAUGAGUGUAUGCCGUAGUGGACACGGCGUAGGAGUUGUUAAUGGGUGUCUGUAUGCCCUAGGAGGUGUACUACCCCACAGUAUGGCGUUGUUUCAUCUUAAGAAACUGGGAGUUCAACCACUUACCUGA